UAGAGCCUCCUGUCCUGGCUGCAGGAGUUCACCCAGUUGUGUCUCCCACCCCUCUCUUUGUACAGUAGAGCCUCCUGCUCUCAGUUUUUCCUGAUCUUCCUCCAGCUGUUACUUGUGCCCGCUGUAUCGGUGUAUGUGUGUUCAUUUUGAGAAAUCGUGGGACCCAGUUCCUCCAGCCUGCCCGUCUCUGCUCGCUGUUCUCUUUACACUCGGCUUGUACACGAUGUUCCCAGUGCACACUGGACAGCUCCAAAGGCAGCACCUCCGGAGCUCAGUUGCAGGGGGUUCAUGUUCCGCCCUGAUAUUCUCUGUGCGUUUAGCGAGUGUGCUCUGCUUCUGUCUUCAGUACCAGCGGGGCGGGGUCACUCCGGGGUUAACAGGUUUAAAGCCCCGGGCCGGUGUUCUUGUCGGGAAUCUGCUCCUGAUCUAUAGGCUGUGGGCUGCUGCCCACCGCGAGGUGGCGCACACUGCUGCCACUCUCCACUCGCUGUCCCGCGUUCUCGUCUCCAACAGCUGAUGCUGUGGUGUGUUACGUGGGGAAUCGCGCAGGCAAGGAUUUCACUGGGCUCCGGUCGGCGUGACGAUAAACACGAAGCCUGAAAUGUCGGUCUGUCCUGAGUGUUGUGUUUCAGCCACCCAGCCACGCGGCACCAGCCCCCACGUCCCGGGAAGGAGGGCCAGCUGUGGUGGGCUUCUCUGUGCGCCCCUCGGACAGAGGCUCCCCAAACCGUAACGAGCUCAGCAGAAAGACGAGAGAUGAGCUCAGACCACCAGGUAUAUUCCCAUUUCUCUCUUUGAGAAUAUUCAGAUUUGAAGUAAAUACUCUUACAUUCAUAUUGUUGAAAUAACUACGUGCAGUAAUUUAAUAUUUUACAGUAAUGUCCAUUUCGUUGAUUAAAGAAGUCUGUCAGUAUAUGUACGAGAUGAUACAUAUACUGUAUAUAUAUAUAUUCGAGUUUAUGCUGCUCCGCUUGUAUAUCGCAUGAACAAUAAAAGAUGUUCAUCACGCUUAUAAGAAGAUGUCUUGUUUGGUGUCUGACACCGCCAGGCAGGCUUGAAAGUCACCUUUAUCAGUCACGUCACACGCCCACUUUCACAACCCGCGUCCGCACAGACACGCCGGUGGAACGGGUCAGACAGACGCUCCUCUCCCUCAGGGGACUGGAGCCAGUCGGGCCUGUGGGAGGCUGGAGUCUGAGCAGAGUCUCCAGCCCGGACACGUCGCAGAGGCGAGACGGAUCCUGGCUGUGCGUUGGCCGGGGGUGUCGGUUUACAGGGCUCGACAGAGAAACGCUGGGGUUGCGUUGUGAACAGCAGCUCUCUGCACAGAGGGUGGCGGGAGGGUGGAACAAGCUGUGCAGACACGGCUCCUCCGGGAAACAGCUGGAUGUUCAUGAGUGGGAAUUACCGCACACGCGCCAGACCCGCCGAUCGCAUUCCUGCCCCGGAGUCGAUUACGCGCCAGCUCUCCAGUAAUUAACGGGCGAUUGAAAACGCUGCGCUGCAAACAUGUUCACCUGAACAGUGAAAGUAAAUCAUCAGCUCUGAGCAUCUCCCGACGGCUUUUCCGCCUCCCACCAGCGAGCUGGGACUGCGGCGGGACCCAGCCGGAACCCCCACUGCGCGCGCCAGGGCCACCGCGAGGACACAUCCGCGAGCCAGGUGCCGAGUCUCGAGCGCGACUAUAAGUGACAUCACCUGAUUCGCGCGAGCGCAGCUUCCACGUGUCCUAAACCGCCCACUUCAGCGUUCCCGGAUCCGAAAUCUAGCGCCACUCUUCGGCUUUGCGCCUGGGACCGGCGACACCAGCAGCCUGUUCUGGCAGAAUCCGUGUACAGCUCGGGACCGAGGGAGCCGGCAAAAAAGGGAACCGGGCCGAGACUUUGAGGAAACGGCCGAGCCUGCAGCGGCUGGAGGCACUCCUGCGUCGAGCCAGGAGUGAGAUCACACGAGCAGCAGACUCGCUCUGGGAUCACCUGUCGCGGGGAGAAAGGGAGCAUAUCCAGCCUGCGCAUGCUGACGCAGCUCCCACCAGAGCUCUUCAAGGUCAGCUGCGUGUGUGAAAGAAGAGAAGUCACCUGCAGCUCACGUCUAGCGGAAGACAUCACACAGCUCCUGGCUGAGCCCUGUGUAGCCAUCGGCGCCAGCCUGGGCCGGGACAGUCCUGGGCAGAGGCAGUGUGCUUCUGUGUGGACCAGCUCUGCAGAAUCUCUCUCUCGGGAGCCACUGAGCCGUCUGAUCCACAAGGAGGCAGAAACCAUCACGUCCCACCCCUGCUGCAGGUCUGCUCGGCGCGGAGGACAGACCAUGUCAUCCCUCUCUGCUCUCGGAGGUGUACGCACCAUUUUGAUCAGCACCCUCUUCCUGGUCUGUGUUGUAAUUUUUAUAAUCCUGUAUAUAAAACCGUCUCAUAAGUGGUUACCUCAUCACACUGCCUCACCACCCUUAGAGAAGACCCUCGUCUCUUCUGACAGAGACCAAAAUGACACUGUUGUCCUCAUCUGGCUCUGGCCAUUUGGAGACCACUUUUCUUUAGAGUCCUGUAGCUCCACUUUCCGCAUCGAGGGAUGUCGAUUAACAGCGGACAGGAACCUCUACAACAUUGCGGAUGCAGUUCUUCUCCACCACAGAGACAUCAGAGCGGAUCUGUCCAACCUGCCUCCUGCACACAGGCCCCCCUUCCAGAAGUGGGUCUGGAUGAACUUGGAGUCACCAGCUCACUCACCAAAAAAACCUGGUCUCGCAAAAUUGCUUAAUGUGACCUUAAAUUACCGACGGGACUCUGACAUCAUGGUGCCUUAUGGCUCCCUUGUUUCCAGAAGAGAACCUCUGAAAUUUGAACUGCCAAAGAAGGACAAGCUGGUCUGCUGGAUCGUUAGCAACUGGAGUCCUGGACAUGCCAGGUCACGGUACUACAAUGAACUACGCAAACACAUUGAAAUCCACACCUACGGUCGGGCAUUUGGGAAAUACAUCAGUGGUGAGAACCUUCUGCCCACAAUAGCCAGCUGUAAGUUUUACCUCUCCUUUGAAAACUCAGUCUACCAAGACUACAUCACAGAAAAGCUGUACAAUCCACUGUCAGUGGGCUCAGUCCCGAUUGUCCUGGGACCCUCUAGAGGAAACUACGAGAGCUACAUCCCUGCAGGUGCCUUUAUUCAUGUGGAGGAUUUCCCUUCAGCAAAAGAGCUGGCUGAAUAUCUACAGGUGCUAGACAAGAGUGAGGAGAAGUACCUGCAGUACUUCUCCUGGCAUGAGCACUUCACUGUGAAGCUGUGUUCCUUCUGGUUAGAACAUGCCUGUCGGACCUGUGGUUAUGUUAGAAGACACAGGGAGUACCAGACUGUUCCCAAUUUUGAGAAAUGGUUUUGGGGUUAAAAUUCUACAUUGAGAUCACAGCUCUUCUGUCUCGCGAGAGUUUCAGUUUCUCUGUUUUGUUAUAGAGCCUGAUUAGCACGGUGUACAAUCACUCACACAGAUGAAUAGAUCUCAAGCUUUAAAGGAAUGACACAAAAGGUGAAUAUUGAACAGGAACAUCUGGGGAUCCUGUGGUUAAGGCAGGAGACAAAAGCUUCAUCCUUCUUUCACUAUUGUGUACAUUUCCCACUGAGCUUAACGUUGUGGUUUGAAGGAGGAGUCCACCAACCCAUCUUAAUAUGAUGUCAGCAAAUCUGUGUACAUCAGGCUCAUUCUCGUGACUCCUGUCUAUGAACCACCUUCCCAGAGCCCACCUGACUGAUACAUGUUCAACAACAAACUAUCAACCUUAAGCAAUUUAAACUUCCUUAAGAAAAAUAAAUACUCUUGCUCUUUUUUGAAAAUAGAAUUGACAUUUGUCUCAAAAUUUAACUUGCGGUCUAGAAGGGUCCCUUAUUACUUAUAUUUAUGCUGAUGCAGGUUAAAGUGGGGAUGGAGGGUUCUUCCUGAAAUCAAUUGCCAUGUCUAUGGCCUCAGAGACAUUCAGCUUCUAAGAGUUUGGUUCACACCAAGUGGCAAACUCAUGUACUGUACGGCUGACCCAUGACCCCACUCAUCUGCCUGCAGCAAGCUGGCCGCUGCCAGCAAAUUCAAUUAUGUCUUGAGUGCAGCCAACCUUUGCCACCAUGUAAAUAUUUUACAUUCCUACUUUCAUGCAAUAUCCUGCACUUUCUCUACAUUAAGAGUUAUGUAGAGGCAGAUCGGGAAUCCCCUGAGAAAAAGGAGGACUGGAUGUAUUUUGAUUGUCAGAAAGCUUUUAAUAAAGUUCAUUAUAAAAAAUA